AGUAAGGCAGAUGCACAGCCCCUUCCUUUCCCCCACACCGGAGACAAAUGAUGCCGGCGCCGGCCGCUGUACAGUUCACCACCACUAUCCAGGCCCCAGAAUCGCCGCCAUAUCAAAUGCCUUCUAUGCCUACAUCUGGAUGGGUAGGCGUUAUCCGUUCGAGAUCAAAAAACUACACAAUCAAUACAGUCCCGUCGUGCGCAUUGCUCCCAACGAACUCUCUUUCAGCACCACACAGAGCUUUAACGACAUUUAUGGCCACUCAGGGAAAGACCACAAGGCGUUCAUCAAAGGUACUUUCUACGAGCAUGGCCUUCCGGAACCCGGUAUUGUGGCCGAACGCAAUCCUAAGCAUCAUCGUGAGACGCGGCGUCUGCUCUCCCACGGGUUCAGUGCAAAAGCGUUGAAAGAGCAGGAAGACCUGUUGGCCGAGUACAUCAACCUCUCUGUCUCUCAAUUGGCUAAGCAUGGCACGAAAUCUACCGGUGUAAAUAUGAAAGAAUGGUUCAAUUGGCUGAGCUUCGACAUCAUUGGCGAGCUGGCGUUUGGGGAGUCCUUUGGCGCUGUCAAAGCUGCCAAAUCCCACUUCUGGAUCGACUCCAUUCACGAUGGGGCCUACCUUGUCACAAUGUUCCAGAUCGGACGCCGGUUGCCUCUUCUGUGGCCCUUCAUGUUAUUGUCCAUACCGCUGAGCUUCAAGAAGAAGUUUGAUGUUUUCUUGCAUUUCUCUAAGAAACAAGUCCAGGCGAGGGUCGCGAGACAGCCUGAAAUCGGCCGGCAGGACUUCUUCUCGAAUUUGCUAUCGGAUAAAGCGGAGAACAGAUCUAAAGAAUAG